AUGAUUGGGUUCAGUUUAACCGAUAAACAAAAGGCUCUGCGUGAGGAGUCGGCCAGAAUUGGCAGAGAAAUCCUCUCACCUGCUAGAGAAUUAUAUUCUCAGUACAGCGACCAGGAAUCCCGAUUCCAAGCCAGUCUUCCAUUUUAUCAAAAACUCGUGAAAGCUGGCUUUGUGAAGGCCCAGGUUCCAACGGUACUCGGUGGAAGCAAUGAAUCGUUCAUAGAUGGCGCAAUUGUCGCUGAAGAACUCUAUGCAAUUGAUUCAAGUAUCAUGCUUCAUGUGCUUGGCACUGGGCUUGGCUUAAUGCCUCUGAUUCUAGGAGGCACACCAGAGCAGCAGAAGAAAUUUCUUGCUCCUUUCAUCACUUGCGAUGGUGAGCCCCUUGCUAGUUUAACCCAUUCCGAACCAGGCGGCACUGCCAACUGGCUUGAAAAAGGCGGCAAAGGACUAGAAACUACUGCCCGGAAAGAAGGCGACUAUUAUGUUGUGAAUGGAGACAAGUUAUGGACUACAAAUAGCGCGGGUUGGGAUGGAAAAGGUGCUACGCUCUCAUGUCUGUGUUGUCGGUAUUCUGAGGAUGGUGGAUCUCAAGACCCAAAUGAUGAUCCCGCGUCAAAUAUUAUUGUUCUUCUAAUCACACGAGAUACAAUAGCUCAGAAUGGGCCCGAGGCGUACCGAAAGAUUGCAGAGCCGAAUCUAAUGGGCCAUAUCGCGGCCUCUGCACCGCUAACCAGGUAUACUAACUUCAAGGUUCCUAUUGCAAACAUAUUAGGAGCUCCAGGGAGUGGAGCAUCCGUUAUCGAGCGGGCAUUCAGCAUGUCUGCUGCAUUGGCGGGUGCUAUGGCAGUUGGCACGAUGCGCGCAGCCUUUGAAGCAGCUCUGAAAUUUGCUAGAGAAGACAGCCGCAGAGGCACCGUACCCGUUAUAGAGAGGCAAAGUCCCGCUGAUUUGCUAAUCAACGCCAAGCUCAAGAUCGAUACAUCUCGCAUCCUUGUCUGGAAGGCCCUUGAUGGGGUCGAAAGAGGAACUGGAGAUGACAACAGCCGAUAUGAAGCUUGCUUACAAGCCAAGAUAUACUGUAGUGACCAGGCCGUGAGCGCUGUCUGGGACACGAUGCAGCUUGUAGGAAUAACAUCUUACCGAACUGAUACAGUGUUUCCGAGAUUAUUGAAUGAUGCUACUGUGUUCUCACUCUUUGAUGGGGGUAAUAUUGGAGUUCGACGGAGGCAGCUUCAGCGGCUGAUGCAAGCUAAGGACUACCAACCAUGGGCAAGUUUGUGGUGA